AUGUCGCUAGGUCGCCAGCUGGCGCUGUCCCCACCGCCGGGGGUACCGAAGGCGCGCGCUGGCGAGACUGGGGCAGCCGGCAGGGACUCGGUGGUGGUCAAGAGCGGCUACUUCCAGCUGCGUGCCCCUCCGGGCCUGUACGAGCUGGUCCUGCGCGGCAAGGGUAAGCAGGAGGAGCGCCUGCUGAGCCCCUCCGGCGCGGUGGCGCUCGUAGACCUCGUCGGCAGGAGCAGACCGCUGCAGGCGUCGGCUUUCCUGACCCAGAUAUGCAGCCUGGGGUGGCUCAACGUCGCCGUCGGAUAUCCAGACGUAAUGUCCUGCACCUACGACAAGCGAUUAGCUCACCGCGUUGAGGCGUGGGAGAGCCGCAUGCGAGCCAACGAGGGCGGCAGAGCCAAAAGGCCAAGCGGCAGCGCGUGCGAGGCGCCCGCUGUGGUCCUCGCCGCGCGUGCCGCGGCCAAGGCCAGGACGUUCACGGCGCAGACCUUGCUCCUCUUUGCUCUGGCUGGCGCCUACGUGUUCGACGUGGAAACGGUCUGCAGCGUACCAGAGACGUUGUCCGACGACGAUAAGGCGGCCCUCGCCUACCGGAACUGCCACUUCGUGGACGUGUGGCAGCUGGAGGUGAAGGAGGCGAUCGGCGAGGGGCUCCACGAGGGGAUCGACCGCGGCGAGGAGCAGAGGGCCCUCUGGGAGAGGCGCACGGCCAACGCCUCCGAGGCGUGCGGCCACGCCGCGUGGGCGUGCGAGAGCGAGCAGGACUACGAGAAGUGCGCUUGGCUGGCCAUCAACGCGUGGGGGUCCAUCGUCCGGCACGGCGCCACCUGCUGCACCCUGCUCCACCCGCCCUACUGCAUGGACCAGGCCUUCUCGGCGUCGACGGUUGCGCUCCUGGCCCCGCUCGCCGUGCUCGCCCUGCUGCUGGCGGGCGCCGUGCUGCUCUCGUGCGCCGAGCGGCCGCGCAAGGAGCCGCGGGGCGCGACGAGCGCGGCGCCCGCCGGGGGGCCCCGGGCGUCCGCCGCGCCCGCGCGGGCCCGGCCCGGCGGCGCCGCGCUGAGGGACCACUUGGAGGCCCCAUUCGCCAAGUCAACCGCGUCGCUGUUCGCGGGCCUGGCCGAGGCGUUCGAGUUCCAGGCUCGGCGGAAGCUGGCGCAAGUGAACGCACGCGUCCCAGGAAAGGCUUCCCGGGCCGGCCAGGAGGACAACGUGAAGAACCAGCACGAGCACUUGAUGUCCUUAUGGCGCUCGCAGCUCUCCAUGGUGGCCGACAGGACCUACGACAGCGACGUCAUGGGGAGGGUCGACGAGCGAGACCUCCUCAGGCAGGCGCUGCAUGAUUUGCACGCGGAGCUACUGGACGGCUUCGAGCGUUGGAGAAACCACAUGCGGGCAGCGGGCGCGUGGAGAGAGGACGACGUGCCCACCAGGCGGGAGGAGGACGGCGGCGUGCCGACGAUGUGCGGCGCAGAGUGGGACCCCGUGCGCCUCGCCGGCAGGGACGAGGAGGACGACGGGGCACUGUCGCGCAAGCUGGCAGAGGUUGCCGCGUUCCUUCUGGUCUGGGGCGAGGCCGGGAAUCUGCGCUUCAUGCCAGAGAUGCUCUACUUCAUUACGGACCUCGUGCUGUCGUCGGCGCCCAUGUCGCCUGGAGAGGCUCUUUACCAGCCAGUGCUUCCUUCUGGCGAAAGCGGGCUGUUCUUGGCGAGGGUUGUGCGGCCCGUGUACAACGUAGUCUUCGACGAGUUGUACGUUAGCGUGGACGUGAAAAACCAGAGGGACGCCAAGAAGUUGCGCGACGGGUUCGACGCAUACCUGCCUGGGGACGUCGCAAAUUACGACGAUUGGAACGAGCUCUUCAGCGACCCAGCGAGGCUGAGGGAGGCGCUGGUGCUGAAGCGCGGCGUCCCGCUCUUCGACUACGACCACGGCCAGAUGUUCCGCCUGCUCCUGGAAGUCGACUGGGAGGUCUCCCUUCAGGCGCGGACAGCGAAGACCCACAACGAGCUGCACUCGCUUUGGGGUGUGUUCGCCUCGACGCACCGCGUCUGCCUGCUGCACGAGGUCAUGUUCCUUCUCAGCCUCUGCGCCGUCGCUCCGGACCCGCCCGCAGCGGCGGAGGGCGAGUGGCCAGUGGGCGGCGACACUCGGGUCGUGCGCUUCGCUGCGCUCGGUCUGCUCGUGCCUUUCCACGCGAUCGCCUGGAAGAUUGCGGAGUGGCACAUCACAGGCUCCGCGCUGCGCCCUGGGUGGGGGAAGGAGAGGUGUAUCAGUUUCGUGGGUGCUGUCCGUGACGUUUUCUCCAGCCUGAGCCGAGACACUGCAGGGCGCUUCUGCUUCGAGGUCUUCCGACGGCCACCGUUUGUCUUCUUCCUCGUGCCGGGGGCUACGUGGAGGCUCCUCCUCUGGGCACGUGCCAGCGGCGACGAGCAGGGUGUUCUCCUGGCCGCCGUGGCAGCCAUCCACUACACGCUCUCCGCUUAUGGCCUCGCCUUCAUGCUGCUAAUUCCCUCGACCACCUAUAGCAGGUUUCCUUUCGAGAGCACGACCGACGUGCCGUUGCCGACCCGCCUGGUUCGCUACGGUUUCUGGUUCUUCGUCCUCUCGGUCAAGUUCGUGCUUGGGCUAAUCGUCAUCCGGACCAUCAGCGACGCCAUCCAGGAGCUCCAGAUCAGCCGUCCGGGCCAGCAGUCCAUGCAGGAGAUCGGGCAGGUGUACCUGAGCGCGGUCUGGGCAGACGACGUGCUGCUAUGGACCGUGCUGAUGUGCACAACGUUCGCCCUCUACCUCGCGGACACCCAGCUCUGGUUCACGGUCUGCUGUGGGCUUCUGGGCGUCGCCAUCACCUUCCGACAGAGGCAUCUCGCCGAUAACCCCGAGUGCUUUAUGACCGAGGACGCCGUGGCGAUGAUCCCACACCGCUUCCAGAGCAAGGUGCUGACGUACAAAAAAGACCCUAGGCUAUUUGGGGCCGCCUGGGACCGCAUUGUGAUGUACAUGCGCUACGAGGACGACAUAAGCACUUCUCAGUGGGGGGACAUGUCUUACGCGAAUGACGCCGGGGCGAACAUCACAUGGAAGCGGCUCACAGAGAGGCUCGAUGCCGCAUCUGCCAAGUCUGAUGCCCUAGUAGACGAACCGGCGGCCCCGCUUCACAAACAUGUCGGCAAGAGAAAGACGCCGCAGUUUUUUAAAGGGAGCCCCUCUUGCGAGAGGUGCGUGCAGACGUACCUCCUCGGCGUGCCCGAGGAGUUUCGGAACGCCGAUCUACAUUGGCGCAUUAUGGCCCUGUCCCGGGGGCUCGGGCUUCCAUUGCCUCGGCCAUACAGGGCGCCAUACAUACCCGGCAUCACGGUGCUCAUUCCGCACUACAUGGAGACCAUCAUUUUGCAGAGAGAUGACCUCUACAAUAUGAACGGUCCGACCGUACCGCUAAUCGCUUGGCUCCAUUACAAGUACAAGGACGAGUUCGAGCAUUUCACGGAACGGAUGCUGAGGCGAGGGGACACCCAUGAAGUCGAGUGGCCAGUGACAGGGAAAGAUUGGUCGAAAUACACACCCGAACAGUGGCCUAAGGUCAGCAACUGGGCGACCAUGAGGCAGCAAACCCUCUUCCGGACCGUGGCGGGCAUGUGUUACUACCACCCAGCGAUCCAGGCGCACUUCGAGCUCCAGGGGGACAGGGACAGCAAACUCGCCGAGGUGUGGGGCCACCCCGAGAAUGGUCCGAGCGACGUAUUCACUUGCCUGGUCUCCAUGCAGAUGUACGCUUUUUUCAGCGACAAGAUGUUAAAGGACACCGAGUACAUGUUAGAGAAAUUCCCCAGCUGCCUCAAGAUCGCGUUCAUAGACUACGAGCCCAAGCUCGAAGGCGGAGCGGAGAUUUCAGACGGCCCGCCUGACCUCCCCGCUCGUCUGGCAGAUGGGGUGCACCAGAGGCAGAAGAGGCGCUACUACAGUUGUCUGAUAGACAAGAGUUGCGAUCCUGAUGGCAAGCGAAGGAGCCCUAAGUUUCGAAUCGAACUCCCAGGAUACCCAAUCCUCGGAGACGGCAAGGGCGACAACCAGAACCACGCCAUCCCGUUCACGCGCGGCCAUUAUUCGCAGGGCAUCGACGCGAACCAGGGCGCUUAUUUUGAACAGAUGAUGUUGUUACCAUGCGCACUGGGUGAGUUCCGCUCAAGCAGGAAGAGGAUAUUCAGAGGGUUCCCGGAGCACAUAACUAGCGACAUUGGUUCCGUUGGCGAUUUCGCGGCCUCGGCCGAGAUGGCCUUCGGCACCAUCCUGCAGCGCACCUACGCCGUGCUCGGCGCCAGAAUGCACUACGGGCACCCCGACAUCAUGAACAAGCUGUACAUGAUGCAGCAGGGAGGCGUGUCCAAGGCGACGAAGACCUUGAACCUCUCGGAGGACAUCUUUGCAGGAAUCGACUUCACUCUGCGUGGAGACGGUCGCAGGAUCAAGCACUGCGAGUAUUUACACUUUGUGAAGGGGAGGGAUCUGGGAUUUAACACGGUUUUGGGUUUCUUCUCCAAGUUGUCAUCGGGUACGGGCGAGCAGAUUUUGACGCGCCAGAUGUUCCGGCUUUCGCAGGUGCUGCAAUUGCCAGAGGCUCUCACGUUUUAUUACGCGCACGCAGGGUAUUAUCUCAACCAGUUCAUCGUCUCGUGGUCUUUGCCCCUGCUGGUUUGGGUCUGGCUGUUAGUGCUCUUGUCCGAUUGUGAGGAUAAGCUUGGCGCCCUCAUGAUGUGCGAGCCCGAGAAGAAGUCUUCGGCGAUGGUGAUGGCGUCCGCACUGGCAACCUGCUACUCUUGGCUCAUGCUGCUGUUCUUGUUCGCGAUGUCCUUCCCGCUCUUCGCCGAGCUGUGGAUGCAGCGCAACUCCAAGACAGCUGUGUGGAAGAUGGUGCAGAGCUACCUCACACUAUCUCCCUUGCUCUUCAUCUUCCAGUCCAAAUGCAUCGGCCAUUACAUCGUGAACGAGUUCCGGUACGGGGGCGCUAAAUACGUCGCCACGGGGCGCGGGCUUCCAACGGAACGGAGACCCUUCGUGGGAAGAUGGUCGGAUCAGGGGGGAUCGUGGGAAUGGGGCGGCUUGUACCUUGACUACGCUGCCAUCGCGUACUACGACGGCGCCAUGUUGUUUGUCGGCCUCGCCUUCGUUGUGGCAGCUGGGGGCAUCCCGAGCGAAGCCCUCUCUGCGCUCGCCUGGGUGUUCUUCUCCUGUGCACUGGUGCUCAUCUCGUGGUUGGGCGCACGGUGGCGGAUUUUCAACCCGUACCAGUACCAGCUGGACAAGUUCAAGGAGGACGCGAGGGCGUUGCGUGCGUUCUUCCUGGAUGACGACGGCAGAAAUUGGCUUACGUGGUACAGGAAAACCCAGUUGAAGUCGGGCCCGGGGCUCAACAGGACCCUGGUAGACAUUGCUUUCUUCGGACUCGCCUUUAUCAUAUCAGCUUGGUACGCGACCGUCACCUUAAAAAUCGAGCUCUUGGUGUCCCUUUUUUCUGAGUACCACGGCCACGAGGCGUUGUACGCGACAGCACUUCUCCCCCCUGUCUUCGCUUCUUUGAUGUUCUGCUUGUGCGCUGCGCUGCUGGGGACGUUCUGCAACUGCACCAGCAGCGUGGGGCGCGCCAUUAAAGCUGAACAUCCGGCGCCGACGUCUGGCGCAGCGUCGCCGGUUGUGGGUUCUCCAGCCAUCGGGAAGCCACUGGAGGGCGGCGGGCCAGCCACUGCGCCGUCCCCAUCGAGCGCGAAGGAGACGGCCAGCUGCCCCAUCGUGCUGCCACUGUCCGUCACGGCGGUCCUCGUGGUCUGUAUGGACGCCGCGGAGCUGCUCUUCGCGCUCAGGGACCUGCAUUGGGUGGGACAAACGCCUGGCUGGCAGGCGUGGUGCUCCAGCUCACCCUCCUGUCGGCGGCCAUCGUCUUCCUCGAGGGCGUCGUGA